GUUUAUUGUGGCGGUCUGGCAAUAUCGAUAAAAAGCCUGCGAGCAGGUUCGAUAAAUGAGUUCGAUAACCACACGGGAGAAUCGAGUACAAGUGCAAUGCAUUUUCUCAUAAACAAACGCAGUUGAGCACAAUAUUAUUAUUAAAUUGUGAAUAAGAAAAUUCAAAGUUCAGCAAAUAUGGCAUUUCUGUGCCCUGUACGCAUGCGGCGCGACAAAAAGAAAGCCACAAAUGCGAACAUCGAACGUGAUUUGGCGCCCGUUGGCAUGGGCCGCAUAACAGGCUCGUCGAGUAUAGAGACGCUGGUGCGUGUGGGCAUAGAAAAGGAACAUGGACUGAGUCCCGACUCCAAGAUGGUUGUGCUGCACGACUUUACGCCCUGCGUGGAUGAUGAGCUGGAGGUGAAGCGCGGGCAGCUAGUAAAUAUACUGUAUCGCGAGAACGAUUGGGUAUAUGUUAUAGGACAAGACUCUCGCCAGGAGGGCUUCAUACCCUUCUCCUACUGCGCGCCAUACAACACGCAGCUUGCCGAGCUGGCCAUCAAAAAGAAACUGCCACGCGAUCAGUGCCCCGAACAGCCGCACGACGAGAACCAACCACUGCUGAGCGCGGACAACAAGCUGGACGUGCUGUGCGACGAGACGACUAACGCCACAGCCAGCAAUGUGGAUGGCAAUCUGCAUGUGACGAUGCCCGAGUGCACGCCCUUCAUCAAGGAGCCGUCGGGUCGCUGCAUUGUGCUCUACACGUUCAUAGCGCGCGACGAGAACGAUUUGUCCGUGGAGCGGGGCGAAUUUGUGACGGUGCUGAAUCGUGAGGAUCCCGACUGGUUCUGGAUAAUGCGCAGCGAUGGCCAGGAGGGCUUUGUGCCCGCCAACUUUAUCUAUCCCGCCGACAGUGUGCGAGUGCUGCAGCAGCAGAAGGCGGCGAACGGGACAACAGCUCCGCUCAACGAGAGCAACAUGCAGCAUCAUGCGAAUCUAACAGGUGGCAGCCUGAAUGCCAUGGAGAGUAUGCUGCAGCAGCAGGGCCAGCAGGCACAACAGGUGCAGCAGGCACAGCAACAGGUGCAACAGCAACAACAGCAGCAACAACAACAACAACAAUUGGGCAUUGGCACCGAUGAUUUGCGCUAUCAUGGCACCGAGCUAGUGAUGCUCUAUGACUACAAGGCACAGGCGCCCGACGAUUUGUCCGUGCGUCGUGGCGACUGGAUCUAUGCGGAUCUGAACAAUCAAACCGUCGACGGCUGGCUCUGGGCAUAUGCCCCCAAGACGCGCAAAUAUGGGUUCAUACCGAAAGCCUACGCCAGGCCGCCGGCCAUGACGAGCCUCUGAGCUGGCUAAGCUAAUAGUUA